AUGGCAUCCAGAACAUCACCGUUCGAUCUGUCGAAAUGCGCGCGUCCGAAUAUUCUGCAGCUGGAACCAUACCGCUGCGCCCGGGAUGACUACAAAGAUGAUGGGACGAACGUCCUGUUGGACGCGAACGAGAACGCCUAUGGUCCUGGUCUCGCAUUGAAUAAGGAGGGUGCGCUCGAGGAAUCAGCUGCCAAUGGCGUCCCAACUGGCUCAUCAAAACCGGAUAUUGAUUUCUUGGGUUUGAACAGAUACCCGGACCCACACCAGGUCGAGCUUAAACAGCUGCUCUGUCAACUGCGCAAUACCCACGUUCACACGCAAAAGGAACUGCGACCGGAGAACCUGUUCGUUGGUGUCGGAUCUGACGAGGCGAUCGACGCUCUUCUGCGAUGUUUCUGCACUCCAGCCAAGGACAAGAUCCUGACGUGCCCUCCGACAUAUGGCAUGUACUCUGUCAGUGCCCAUGUCAACGAUGUCGGUAUCGUCAAGGUACCCUUGGAUGCUGCUCGAGGCUUCCAGCUGCAGCCGGACAAGAUCAAUGAGGCCCUGGCUGAGGAUAGCUCCAUUAAGAUCGUCUACAUCUGUUCUCCAGGAAACCCGACGGCGAACUUGAUCGCAAAGGAGGAUAUUCAGAAGGUUCUGGAGCACCCGUCUUGGAAUGGAAUUGUUGUUGUCGAUGAAGCAUACAUUGAUUUUGCGCCUGAGGGAUCGAGUCUGGCUGAAUGGGUGAAUGACUGGCCCAAUCUGGUAGUCAUGCAGACUUUAAGCAAGGCCUUUGGUCUUGCUGGAAUCCGACUUGGAGUGGCUUUCACCAGCCCGCCCAUUGCUCGUCUUCUCAACAGUCUCAAGGCCCCUUACAACAUCUCCAGCCCGACUAGUGCUCUAGCGAAGGCUGCGCUUUCACCCAAGAACUAUGCCGUCAUGCAGAGUCACAAGGAGAAGAUCAUCGCCCAGCGCGAGAGACUUCUGAACGAGCUCCCUAAGAUCCCCGGCGUUGGCCGCUUCCUCGGAGGACGCGAGGCCAACUUCCUUCUCGUCGAGUUCCUCGACAAGCCAGGCGGCAAGCCCAGCAACCCCAUUGCUCUGGCCACAUAUGAGGCGAUGGCGGAGAAGAAGGGCGUCGUCGUCCGAUUCCGAGGCAAGGAGCUGGGUUGUGAAGGCUGCCUGCGUAUUACCGUCGGGACAGAAGAGGAAAACACCAGAUUCCUCAAUGAGCUGAGAGUUGUCCUGGACAAUCUGUAUUCUGGAACGCCAGUGGUAUCCUCCAAGGAGGAAGCACGGAAGGAAGCACAAGCCAGCAAGGUCGUUGAUUGA